AUGCCUCCAUCCGCCAAAAUUUUAACUUCGGAACAAAAAAUUCUGCCAAAACAAACCAGCGAAGUCGGAGAAAUCGAAAAAGAAAAAAUAUAUGAAAGCAUCGAAGAAGAGGAUGAACAGAAAAGAGUAAUAAUAAAUGAAAGCGUUGAAACGCCACAGCAUAGACAUAAUAAAAAUCCGUAUCGACCAGACGAAAGACCUCAUAAAGUGCCUGCACCAGUUAAAAUUAACCCAUAUGCUCUUUUCAAGAAGGAUGAUGAUUCAGAACAAGGUGAGUUAUCUCUAAAAUAUGAGUACCUAAAGAAACACGCUCACGACGAGAAAGCUCAAACGCAACAAGACACUGGCUCAAAUGAACCCAAUCCGUGGCAACAUCUAGAACAUUCCAAAUCAAAAGAAAUUCACCGCCCUUUAGACACAGCCAUUCACGAACGUAAUCCAGUAAGUUCUGAAAAAAAUAUUAAUUAUGCGAUGAAAAAUAAAAAGAAAAAUUUAUAUAGCCGUAAUGGACGUGAGAAAAACAAUAAUAGAAACGAAUAUAAUGAAGCUAGACUAAAAACAGAUUAUGGUUCUAAUUCAAGACCACAGUUCAAAUCUGGCAAAAUACCGAGUUUACCUGUCAUAGAUAUUGAUGAAAACGGCGAAAGGAAAAUAGAAGAAAUUACUGAGGAACCUCUGGAACAACGAAAACCUGUUAUUAAUGAAGAGGUUUUGGAAGGCGGCAAGAUUAGAAAGAGUUGGGGUGGUACUGCAUAUAGAGGUGCCUAUUCAGAAGUCGAGGAGAGUAAUCCCGAGGAACCAGAUAAUGAUACGCAAGAUUCAAGAUCAAAUCCUGGAUAUGAACUAGGGGAACUAACAACGACGAAGAGAGUUAUUCGUAAAGAGGGUAGUAGGUAUUACACUUACCUCUCAGGACCUGAGUACGCAGAAUUCCACCAGCAAUUAGCAAAUGAACGGAGGAAAGAUGAAGAAUUUCAUUAA